UUUUGCUCGGAUAUCAGCAGCAUUUUAAAGGUUUUCGUUAAAUCAUUAUACCUUCCCUUUCGAAAUGUUCAGCACACAGGAACGUUUGAAGCGCAAAACUCCUGCGGGAGGAAUAAAUCGAAGAGCGUACCUGUGCCUGCUGGUGGAUGAGUAUUACGAAACGUCCAACUUAGAAGCGCAACAGCAAGUGACUGCCAAUUUAGCAAACUUUGCGUACGAUCCGAUCAAUUGGACGUUUCUGCGCGAAGCAAAAGCACACGAGCUGUUUUACGAUAUCGUUCAGCAGUCGACGGGAAGCGUAGUGGACCGGCUGCUUCUUUUGCAUGCAAUCGUUGGGCUGGCAAACAUUUGCCUCGAUCCAGCGAUUGCAGAAUUUAUCGAGCGAAGCAACGGAUACGAUCAGCUUAGAGCGCUGCUGGAGAAAUAUCAAACCGACUGUGAGAUUGCUUGCAACGCGCUAACGUGCUAUUCUUUCCUGCUUAAUGACUCCAGCACUGACCAGUUGAAGAAGGACAAAAGGUUGGUGCGUUUGUUAGAACGUUUUAAGCAGUCAGGAAAUCCACGAAUUGCCAAUAUUGCUACCGUACUUGUGGCCGAUCUUCAGUAGACUAUGCACGGGCCAAAGCUAGUGCGAUGGAUGAGCGCCACAAGCGCCCGAGUGCAACCUACGGUAGGGACGGUGUUCCGUUUGACGAGAACAUUCCGCGAGACCGAUGUUAAACAGUUUGUCGCUCUAACCGGUGACAGCAAUCCAAUCCACGUGUCGACGACGAACGACGGUGAGCGCAAAGAGCAGCUGUUCGUGAAUGGAGCCUUCCUGAACGGCGUCAUUGCGGGCAUCAUUGGUUCCAACUUUCCCGGUUUCGUGGUGACGACGCAGAACUUUCGCUUCCCGAACCGGUGCCAGCUAGACAAGGAGGUGCAGUUCAGUGUCACGGUGGAGGAAAUGCGGAAAAUCGUAACUGUUUCGUACGAAAGCAAACAAAGCGAUCGCGUUGUUUUCGAGGGCAUUGCGAAACUGUUUGCGGUGCGGAAAUGAAAACACAGUUAGCGUAAAAUAACAAUGUGAAUGCUACUUUUGUGCUGAAUGACGCAUCUGCCAAGGAAACAUAUUGCAGGAAUGAUGUAACGGCCAGAUGUACAGCUAGCACUGUAUACUGGCUUGAAGUGGACUAUUUUAGGUAGUUUAAUCAAACAAACAACAAUAAAGUAUGUUGACCAAGUAA